UCUAGGUGUCUAGCAACAGCUUUCAGCCCAGACAGCCGGCGGCAACGGGAGCGGUAUUUUUUUCCUUGUGUCUUUCCACGGUUAUUCGCUGUCGAAUAAUUACAACUAAUAGACGCCUUGCUGAAAACAGUGGAAAAAAAUAACCCUGACCUCUGUUCAGAGAUAUGAGCGGCAGCGGGCGGCCCAGGACCAGCUCGUUUGCUGAGCCGCCAGGUGUUCCAGGAGCCGUUGCAGGGUCCACCGGAUCAGUCGCUGCCGUGGGGAGCAGCACAGGAAAGUCCGGGGUCCCGCAGGCCUCCGGCAGCAGCUCAUCAGGAUGCUCGAACCUCAAGCUUUCCAGAGACAGUGGGAAGGUGACAACAGUAGUAGCCACACCGGGUCAGGGACCGGACCGCCCACAGGAGGUCUCCUACACUGACAUCAAGGUUAUUGGGAAUGGCUCGUUUGGUGUGGUGUACCAAGCUCGGCUCAUCGACAGCCAAGAGAUGGUGGCCAUUAAGAAGGUUCUGCAGGAUAAGAGGUUCAAGAAUCGAGAGCUACAGAUCAUGAGAAAGCUGGACCAUUGCAACAUUGUCCGACUACGUUAUUUCUUCUACUCCAGCGGCGAGAAGAAAGAUGAAGUGUACCUCAACCUGGUGCUGGACUUUGUCCCUGAGACGGUUUACAGGGUUGCCAGGCAUUUUAACAAGGCCAAGACCAUCAUUCCUAUCAUAUAUGUGAAGGUGUACAUGUACCAGUUGUUUCGCAGUCUGGCUUAUAUUCAUUCCCAGGGUGUGUGUCACAGAGACAUCAAGCCGCAAAACCUGCUUGUUGACCCAGAAACUGCUGUCCUGAAGCUGUGCGACUUCGGCAGCGCCAAGCAGCUGAUCCGCGGCGAACCCAACGUGUCGUAUAUCUGCUCACGGUACUACCGCGCCCCUGAGCUCAUUUUUGGUGCCACAGACUACACGGCAAACAUCGACAUCUGGUCCGCUGGCUGCGUACUGGCAGAGCUGCUGCUCGGACAGCCCAUCUUCCCCGGCGACAGUGGAGUCGACCAGCUAGUAGAGAUUAUCAAGGUGCUGGGUACACCAACGAGGGAACAAAUUCGAGAGAUGAAUCCAAACUACACAGAAUUUAAGUUCCCACAGAUCAAAGCUCAUCCAUGGACAAAGGUGUUUAAACCUCGCACCCCUCCGGAGGCCAUCGCUCUUUGCUCUCGGCUGCUGGAGUACACACCGGCCUCGCGCCUCUCCCCGUUAGAGGCCUGCGCACACGCUUUCUUCGAUGAGCUGCGCCAGCCGAACACACGACUGCCCAGCGGACGAGACCUGCCGAUGCUCUUCAACUUCAGCACCACAGAGCUGUCAAUCCAGCCUCAGCUGAACUCGAUACUCAUCCCUCCCCACGCUCGCUCACACACAGCUGCUUCCGUCCACGAUGGUACCGGUUCAGAUUCAUCUCAACAUAGUUCAGUACCAGGAUCCCUUAACAGCAUCUGAAGCAGCGUCUCACCUACUGGCCUGCAAGCGUCCCCCUUUUUCUCAGACACACACACACACACAUUCACACAUAUAUAUAUAAACUCUUCAACUUUCCUCCAUGCACUUGUUGUCCUCUAAGUGAUCUGUUUGUGUACAGUAAAUGCAUUGAACAAACAGUUAGUUCUUUAGCUGCCUGGAUGGAAACUACAGCAGGAGAUUGUUACAGGGUCAGCUGGUAUGAGAUGGUCCGAUAGAGGGGGCUGGUCCUCUGAAAUUUACCUUUUUUUUAAAAUCAGUAUUCUGUGUCUAUUUAUUUGACUAAUUGAAAUAAUCUUUUGGUCACGUAACACAUUUGUUUAUAGACUUUUUCCCCUCCAAGCAUCAGAGCUGUUUCUUUUUUUAAUCCCUGUUUGUCAGGGUGGACUGGACACUGCCUGACCAACACCAGUUCUUUGGUUAAAAUUAAACUUCCAACUCUUACUAGUUUAUCGGUCAGUGGAUCAGAAGUUAACAGUUAUGAGUGUCUACCUGCUAAACUGUUGCUUUAUUUUUACUACACUUGGAUGGAUAAUCCACCACCCACUCAGGACAGUUGUUCCCUGUCCUGCAGAGUUAUCAGAGGAUACGGAAAUGUUUCUCUGAGAAAUGGCCCAUAGCUCCAUCAGCGCUUGAAAAGCUGGAAUCUUAUUUAAGUUCAUUUAAAGCUGGUUUGAGUUAAUUUCUCAACUUUAAUUGUGAUUUUAUGUUUUGAUUGAGUUGCACAUCAGUGAGGCACAGGCAUGGAUGUGUCAGAAAGACAGUCGCACCAAACAUCCAGAGGGUUUCUUCCCAGAUCCUCUUUGUUUUUACAACUAUAAAUAUCAUUUGUGAAGAAAGUAAGUGUCUGUUUAGAGAAAUUAGCUUAUUUGUAACUGAGCAACAAGUAAUUAGUGUUUCUAGAUGAUUGGACUGUGAUGCUGCUAUCUGUUCUUCAUUCUAUCUGCUGCUCGUGUUCACGCCACAAUUAAACAGCAGAAAUGCGGCAGACAAA